AACAUUCAAUCUACUUGGAUUGGCGGCCCCGAUGAGACUAAGACCAUUUCUGGGACCUCCAUGGCUUCUCCCCAUAUUGCUGGGCUUCUCGCCUACUUCAUCUCUCUUCAGCCAAAGCAGGGCUCGUCGUAUGCUGUUGGCGAAUUGACCCCUGCUCAACUCAAGAAAAACAUGGUUUCAAUCGCCUCGGAAGGUUGUCUCACUGGUAUCCCAUCCGAUACCCCCAACCUCCUCGCCUACAACGGUGGUGGAUCGGGAAACUUGAGCGAUAUCUUUGAUGGUACCCGCUACAAGCAUGGCCACAAGUCAUCCAACGGAGUGGUUGAGGAUGUUACCGAUGUCACCAAAGAGCUUAUCAAUGAAACCGAGGCUUUCUUGGAUGAUAUCGAGGACAAAGCAGUUCACGAGAUCAAAACCCUUUUCGAUAAGGCUAGAGCUGCUCUCAACUCCCGGGACUAGAGGGGUCCUUAUAAUACCUAACGCAAUUCCUGCCUUUGUUGCAUGUCAUUGGGUAGUACGAUCGCUAUGGUUGUCCCAUGGGUGUGACGGUGUUUUCUCUUCUGCGCAAAUAUUGUGUGGCCUUCUGUGGGGUCUAGAUAGCUUUGACCUUCAGUUACAGGUUUAUCGGAAAGUAGUAACUUUAUUUGUUUUUCCUUGCACUGUUUUUUAAUAGUUUGGUUUGUACUCUUUUUUUUUUUUUUUUUCUUUCUCUUCUACGAUUUGGGAUUUCGUUUUUACUUUCUGCGCCUGGAUAUGGAUUUGGAUUAAAUCAAACAUCGGACUCAAGAUUGUCCUUGUAAA